CCUUUCCUCACCGUCUCAGUACUCACCGACCCCCUCUCGCUCGUUUCUUUAUUUGUCAUUUCGCCAUGGGUUGUGUGCAGUCUACAGGUGUCGACGAGGAGGCCAAAGCUCGCAACGACGAGAUCGAGAAUCAGCUGAAGAGGGAUCGCGCCAUGGCAAAGAAUGAGAUUAAGAUGUUGCUGCUCGGUGCUGGAGAGUCGGGCAAGUCAACCGUCCUCAAGCAGAUGAAGCUCAUCCACAAUGGUGGGUACAAUGACGCGGAGCGUGAUCAAUACAGGGAGAUCAUCUACUCCAACACCAUCCAAUCCAUGCGUGCCAUUCUUGACGCUAUGCCCCAACUGGACAUUCAGUUGAAUCCCCAGAAUGAUGCUCGCCGGUCGAUCAUUCUCGGUCUACACGGAAAUCUUGACGUCGACGUUCUGCCAGCCGAUGUCGCCGAUGCUAUCCGUGGGCUCUGGCAGGAUUCUGGCGUGCGGGAAGCCGUCAGCAGGUCAAGAGAGUUCCAACUUAACGACUCCGCUGUGUACUACUUCAACAUGAUCGACCGCAUGGCCGCGUCAGACUACAUGCCAACGGACCAGGACAUCCUCCGCUCGCGAGUAAAGACAACUGGCAUCACCGAGACAACGUUCAAGGUUGGCGAGCUAACAUACAAGCUCUUUGACGUUGGUGGCCAACGGUCAGAGCGUAAGAAGUGGAUCCACUGUUUUGAGAACGUCACCGCGUUGGUGUUCCUGGUCAGUUUGAGCGAGUACGAUCAGAUGCUUUACGAGGAUGAGAGCGUCAACCGUAUGCAAGAAGCAUUGACACUUUUCGACUCAAUAUGUAACUCGCGGUGGUUCGUCAAAACUUCCAUUAUUCUGUUCCUGAACAAGAUCGACCUGUUCGCUGAGAAGCUGCCAAAAUCACCACUCGGCGACUACUUCCCGGACUACACCGGCGGAGACAGCUACGAUGCGGCUUGUGCAUACCUCCUGAACCGUUUCGUCUCGCUCAAUCAGAGCGCAGCAACGAAACAGAUCUAUGCACACUACACAUGUGCAACAGACACCAACCAGAUCAAAUUCGUGCUGAGCGCGAUUCAGGACAUAUUGCUCCAGCUACAUCUUCGGGAAUGCGGUCUUCUAUAGGCGGCGCCCAGAUGUGCCUUUCGUCGAUGCUCCGCCGUAACCGAUGCGAGCGGAGGGUUUCAGCACACAUGCACUAUCUAACGAUUAUAUUCCCUGUGUAAUGCGGAACUCUGUUACGCACCGCUCCUCCGAAUACUGUACGCCCACUAUCCGAGAGGCGUCUCUUGCGCCCACGCCGUCGGUGUUCCGCCAGUCCUGCAACUGUCGCCUCCUUCCCUGGCGCUUACGCAUAUCCUGGAUUUCUCUGUCCGUCAUUUUUGUCGAUAUCAUCCUCUCUUCGUCGGCUUUUCGUGUUCGCCAUCUUUAUGUUCCUUUAUAACUUUCUCUGUUCGAUGGUUAUUACCCGGCCUUCCUCCUUGUCUUAAUACUUAAUUUUGCACCCAUGCUGUUGUCUGGUACCUUACACAAUAUAUACCAACUACUCCUUACCCCCUUCCUGUUUCCGUUACGGUGCUUAUGAACAAUGGAAAUAAAUUUACCCUC